CCAGCCCCGGCCCCGGCGCCGGCCCCGGUCCCGACCCGCCCCUCGGCGCCCGCCCCGGGCCGCCCAUAAAAGCGGCCCCGCGCCCGCCCAGCUCCGCCGCCGCCGCCGCCGCUCCGCCGCCGGCCAUGGCCAAGGACCAGCUGAAGCCGCGGCUGUGCCGAAUGCUCAAGGGGGAGAGCGGCUACGGCUUCCACCUGCACGGCGAGAAGGGCAAGAGCGGCCAGUUCAUCCGCAAAGUGGAGCCCGGCUCGCCCGCCGAGGCGGCGGGGCUGCGCGCCGGGGACCGCGUCGUGGAGGUGAACGGGCUCAACGUGGAGCAGGAGACGCAUCACCAGGUGGUGCAGCGCAUCAAGGCCGUGGAGACGGAGACGCGCUUGCUGGUGGUGGACAAGGAGACGGACGAGUACCUGUGCAGCCUGCGGCUCACCUGCACCGAGGACAUGGUGCACAACGGGAUCCUGCUGGGCUCGGCCGUGCCCCCUGCCAAGGGCCUGGCCAGCGACAACGGCGAGGUCUGGAAGCCGCAGCUGGAUCUGAGCGGGGGCAGCCUCCAGAGGCAUUCCCACAGCUUCUCCUCGCACGGCAGCAGGAAGGAUUUAAACGGCCAGAAGGAGCUGUGCCCACGUCUGUGCCACCUGAAGAAAGGCCCCAAUGGCUACGGCUUCAACCUGCACAGCGAGAAGUCGCGGCCGGGGCAGUUCAUCCGCUCCGUGGAUCCCGACUCGCCAGCGUCCCGGGCAGGGCUGCGGCCCCAGGACCGCCUGGUGGAGGUGAACGGGAUAAACGUGGAGGGCCUGCGGCACUCGGAGGUGGUGUCCCACAUCAAAUCCAGGGAGAGCGAAGCCAGGCUCCUGGUGGUGGACCCCGAGACAGACGAGUACUUCAAGAAGCUGGGGGUGACCCCCACGGAGGAGCACACCAAAGGUGUGCUACCCCAGCCCAUGACCAAUGGAUCUGCACAGACUCAGCUGAACGGAGGAUCCACAUCUUCAUCUCACAGCGACCUGCAGAGUCCUGGGAAGGAAUCUGAGGACGGCGACACGGACAAGAAGGACCCGUUUGAGGAGAGCGGGCUGAGCCUGAGCCCCACGGCCGCCGAGGCCAAGGAGAAGGUGAGGGCCAAGCGUGUGAAGAAGCGAGCGCCGCAGAUGGACUGGAACAAGAAACGGGAGAUUUUCAGCAAUUUCUGAGCCCUGCUGGUGCCCCCGGCCGCCCCCCUCCCGCCCCAGCUCGGACGUUUCUGAGGGGCCUCCGCCCCGUCCUUCGGUGUCCACGUGAGAUGCUUUGUGCUCUGCUCUUCACUGGUUGCUUUUACAAGGCGUAUUUUAAAGUCCUUUUUAUUUUUAUUUUUUAUUAUUGUUGUUGUUAUUAUUAUUAUUAUUGUUACUCACCAGCGAUUCUCAUAAGAAAAAAUGUGACCAAAGCUCCUUUUCUCGCUUGCUCUUGAGCCCGGCUCCGGCUGCCCGCCGUCCCCCGUUCCUGUGAGAAAGGACUGGAAGAAUUUUAACUCUUGUUUCUUACCUGCAUCAUUUAGGCUUCUGUUACUUCUUUUUUACUGUUUAUGUGGGGUGUUUUUGGCUUUGUGGGUGUCCCAGACUGAGCCCCAAGGGAUGCUCGGUGCCCCUGUGGGGACAUCUCACAGCUCGUGGUGGGGGUGCCAGGGACCCCCUCCCCAGCUCCCCGUGCCCAGCAUUGGCUACUCCCACCAUGGGAAAAUGGACUGUGGCUGGAAAUCGUUUGUUGGCUUUGCUAUUCAAGCAAAAAUGUUUGUUUUGUUGGGUUUUUUUUGUUUUUUUAAUGAAGUCCCAUGUGUUUCCAGUUAGUUUAGGAACAUCUCCCCGCACCAGCAGCUCCUGCCCAGGCAGUAAAAACCCAUUUUUCACCCCAAACAGCUCUGCAGAGGGGAGAGGGUGGGGUUUAAAAGCAAACCCCAACCCAAAGGCCACAGCUCUCCCCACCUGCAGCCAUGGAUGUGGCAGGAGAAGGAGGAGCAGGGCCAGUCCUGCCCCACGGAGCACGAAGAUGAGAACCACGAGAUGCCACAAAAACCCUUUGGACAGACCUGGAAGUGGGGAUGAUCCAACAUCUGCUUCCAGGAGGGAGCCCAGGGAUACAGCUCUGAGGCUCAGUGCUGGGCACGGGGGCUGCUCCAGGUCCCACCUGGGCUGGGAUUUGGUGUCCCCAGCCCGGGAGUGUCGCCGUGUGAAGGACACGCUCCGAAGCCGUGGGGCUGCAGGUGGAGCAGGCACUGUGUGAUGGAGUGGGCAGCACCUCUGGCUUCCCGUGGCCUCCUCCAAAGCCUCGCUCCGGGCAUUCAGAGUGUAUCUUUAAAGCACUACAGAUGAAGUCCAUUUAAGCUCUUUGUUGCUGCCUCUGGCUGUGUGGGUGAAGGUGACUCAGCCAGCAGCGCUCCCAGGAAGCAGAGCUGAGUUACCAGGGCAGGGGCUGGGGCUGCCCCACUCCCUCCCACGCUCCAGCAGCGACCCCAGCCCUGCUGUGGGAACACAAAGCCACUUUUCCCAGCGAGCUGGCCAUGGAUGAGGUGUGAGCACAGAGCUGUGGCUGUGCCCUGCCUCACUCCAGCAUUCCAGGGUAGAACCCUUGGCUGGUCAGUGUGCUGCGGGUGUGGGAACGGCUCUGCACGGAUUUCCUAAGGUAUUUCCAAACUGUGGAGCUAAAAGGUGCCUUAUGCCAUCCUCUGCUCUCCUCAGCAGCGGGCUGGGGCUCAGCACAGGGUGUUUGGCUCCCCUGGGUGGCAGCUGGUGCCUGUGGCCUUACGCUGCUGCCAGGAGAGUGUGGAGAGCCUCAGGGGUGAAGGAGAUGAGUUCUCUCGAUGCAAGUUAUCUUUUAGGAUUGUUGAUGGGCUGAACAGGUUGAAAAUAAUGACUUUGGAGAGGAGCUGGUGCAGGUGUUUGGCUGUGGGUGGUGAGACAGGCACUGGGGUGAUGAGGGAUGUGGAGAGGCUGCCUCCCCUCGGGGCUCUGCCAUUAACAAGACACCUCUUCCCCAUCCCACUUCAAGCUACCUGCUCUCUUUCUGGCCCCCAAAAUACUGUCUUCUCUCUCCGGGUAAUGCUUGGAAGGAGCCCUUCUUUUCCAUGCCGUGCUUCCCGUCGCCAAACCCCGGCAGCGCCCGGGCUGCGCGGGGCAGAGCUCUCCCAGGACAGCCUGGUGCACGUCACACAGCACAGACCUGGUCUCAGCACCCCAUUUCUCACCCCAGACUGCUGGAGUUGAGUGGGGGGGAAAGAAAAAAAAAAAACAAACAAACUUGUGUAGUGUUGAAUGUAGAUCAAAAGAAAUCAGGUGUGCGAAUCCGUGUUGGUAAAAUUGAAAAUCUUAAUCUCUUAGUCCGUGGAAACUGCUCCUGGUUGAAGCAUGACUGCAUUCCUGACAUCUUGUUGUAGCUCAGUAGUGAUUAUUCAGUUCCUGUACACUUAACUUGGAGAAGAAAAAUCAAUAAAGUCUAAGGCUGGCAGCAGCAUUGCAAACCCACCAUGUACACUGUAAUGUCAGUAAUAAACUCGGUUUGCCAUGUA